AAGUAAUCGGGCAGUCUGAGUAUUGUCAAUUAAAGACGAUUGAAUGAAUAUAACUGUUUAUCAAAAAACGAUCGAUUGCUUCAAUCUUUAUGUUUAGAAAAUACAUUGAAUUAUUGCGGAAUAGUUGAUUGUAUGUUAAACAUGAGUGAAGAAAAGCGUAUAAUCUCUGAUGAGAAGCGCUAUGCCAUCAUCAGCAGGGAGUCAGUCAAGCUGAUGGCUGAUUGUGGGGGCCAUGAAGAUAUCAGUGAAAUGGUGGCGGGAAUUAUCGGUGAAGACGUUAGCUACAGACUGCGAGAAAUCGCGCAGAAAGGUGCUCAGUUCAUGAGACAUGCCAGAAGGAAACGAAUGACCACAGAAGACUUCAAUAAAGCCUGCAGGUUUAGUAAUAUUCAGCCACUGCAUGGUUACAGCUCCACAGACUCACACGAGGGCUUCCAUUCAGUGAAAUUAGAGCAAGAGGAAAUGAUUCACUUUGUUUCUGACUCUUUGGUCUCCCUUGCCCGUGAAUCUGCCAUAGAUGUUGGAGUGAAACACACAGGCCAGACUACCAUCAAAGCUCAUUGGUUGGCUGUGGAGGGGAUACAGAAAACAUCACAAAACCCGCAAGGCACCCCCGGUAACAAGUUUGAUGCAGGUGGUGUGUUGAUGCGGUACUUUGAGUGGAUCACACAGGCCGUCCUAGGAAAUGAUAUGGAGAUGAUGAAGACAGCGUUGUCUGACCUUCGCACCAACCACAACAUUUCGCCACUGCUGCCUCACUUUGUCUCCUUCAUUUCCAAUGGGGUGAAGUCAGUAGUACAGGACCUACUUCAACUGACCAGGCUACUGUACCUCGCCCACAGUCUCGUGUGCAACAACUCUCUCUUCUUGGAGGCACAACCACUUCUGCCAAUGCUAGUGCAGAGUGUUCAACACUGCCUGGUGGACCCACUGACCAGCUGUGUCCACUCAGAUAACCACUGGUCAGUACGAGAUUAUGCUGCACGGCUGUUGGGAAAGAUAGUCAGUUUGUGGGGUAGCCCUGUGAAUCAGUUGCUGCGGCACACAGAGAGGUCACUGCAGGAUGUGGUGUGUGACCUCACUCGGCCCUUCCCUUGCCAUUAUGGGGCUGCUAUGGGACUGCUGUUUUUGGGGUCACAGAGUAUUCAGCGAGUGCUGCUACCACAUCUGAGUGUGUACAUGCCCCACCUGCUGGUUGCUAUGGAGUUCCAGGGAUCAGAGUUUGUACAAAUCCAGACUACUGCUUUCAAGGUCCAUGGAGCCAUUUUGCUUUGUGUGGAAUGUAUCCUAAGGAAGUACAUCAGAGAGUUUUGCAAGGAAAACAUAAAAGAAGACAGCAAAACCAGUGAGGGGGAUAGAACUUUACCAGAGGGAGAAGGUGUUGAGUCAAAACCAUUCAAACAAGAACCAUCAUCAACAUCAUCGUCUCAUUCAUCAUCAUCAUCAUCAUCUUCAUCACCUGCAGAGUCACCAUUUCAUAAGAAUCCCGUAGCAUUUUACACAGAAUUGGAGCAAUACUUUGGUGACACGCUGGCAAUGCGUCUUCCGGAAAUCCUCGAACUGAAAACGCACGUUUUCAAACGACAAGAGCGCCCCCUGGAGGUGUGCAUAUCAGACCCGACAGCACACAAAUCUGGUGAGGAAUUGUUGGAGGAACUUGUAGCAGAAGUGAAACAAGAGGAAAAGAUCAAGAGAGAGAAGUCCUUGAACAUAAAGACGGAAAGUGAAACGAAUGCAGAAAGAAGAUCAGCGCAUCGUCAUCAACUCAAGAACCCCCACUUUAGACGAAUGCAAGACACUGUACAUGGUACAAAUAACCUGGCAGGGGCAUUUCUAGAAUCAACUGACGUAGCGGGCCCCAAUGUUCAGUCACUCUCUGCUGUUACGGGCCCCGAUGUUCAGUCACUCUCUGCUGUUACGGGCCCCAAUGUUCAGUCACUUUCUGCCGUUCCGGGGCAAGGGAUUAAACUAAUGUUUACCAAGAAAUCUUUCUUAACUCAAGGUAGUCCGUUAGCAGACAUCUUGGAGCAUGAUUUUACAGAGCUGAAGGACAAGGGAACCAGUUCGAAACAAAAGAGAAAGCAGAGCUCUAUGAGUCCUGUACCAGCAGGUGGCUUUACCCAGGGGUCUUCAGGGUUGAUGAAUUCUGGAGAUGGUAAUCUUUGGUUCGUUCCAAAACAGAGAAAAAAGGAUACAUGAUACAUUUUGAUAGGUAAAAAAUGAUUUUUACUGAGACUGUUGUGUUACUGAAAAAUAAAUUGUAAAUGUUUGA